CCAGAACAUUUUGCAGAAUCAAUUUUCAGUAUCACAAUCUUUUUCAUAUCUGUUUAAAUGUUCGUAAGCUGAGCGGAGAUUCAUCCUCAAAUUUCCUCCACAGACAGUCGAACGAGAAGACAAUAAUAAGAAUAGAGUGGAGUGAAGAAAGUCUUCAUCUUUACUUCUAAAGGAAAAGAAAAUGGCAGGCCAGAAAAGGGUCCUCUUGUUGUGCGGAGACUAUGUCGAGGAUUACGAGGUGAUGGUUCCAUUCCAAGCGCUGUUGGCAUAUGGGCUGUCAGUCGACGCAGUUUGCCCUGGAAAGAAAGCCGGUGACAUAUGUCGGACUGCAAUCCAUGACUCUCUUGGCCACCAGACAUAUUCUGAGUCCAGGGGACAUAAUUUUGCGCUCAAUGCAACUUUCGACGAAGUAGAUGCCAGCAAAUAUGAUGGACUGGUCAUACCAGGAGGACGUGCUCCUGAAUAUCUUGCAAUGAAUGGAUCUGUUAUAGAUUUGGUUAAGAAAUUUGAAGACUUGAGAAAGCCAAUUGCAUCUAUCUGCCACGGACAAUUGAUUUUGGCUGCGGCUGGUUCAGUUAAAGGCCGGAAGUGUACUGCUUAUCCUGCUGUUAAACCUGCACUCAUUGCUGCAGGUGCUCAUUGGGUAGAACCGGAGAGCAUGGCCUUCUGCACCAGUGAUGGGAACCUCAUAACUGGGGCUACGUAUGAAGGACAUCCAGAGUUCAUUCGGCUUUUUAUCAAGGCACUCGGAGCCAAGAUAUCUGGUUCUGGCAAGCGAGUUCUGUUCCUCUGUGGGGACUACAUGGAAGACUAUGAGGUGAUGGUUCCAUUUCAGUCUCUUCAAGCUCUUGAGUGUCAUGUUGAUGCCAUUUGCCCAGGAAAAAAAACGGGUGAUUUAUGCCCCACAGCUGUUCAUGACUUUGAAGGUGACCAGACCUAUAGCGAGAAGCCAGGCCACAAUUUUACCCUAACUGCUGAUUUUGAAGGUGUGGAUGCCUCAAGCUAUGAUGGACUGGUGAUACCUGGGGGUCGUGCGCCGGAGUACUUGGCAUUGGAUGAGAAGGUUAUUCAGUUGGUAAAGGAAUUUAUGGAAUCAGCCAAGCCGGUAGCUUCCAUCUGCCAUGGACAACAGAUUUUAUCUGCUGCUGGUGUUUUGAAGGGCAAGAAGUGUACUGCAUACCCUGCUGUGAAACUUAACGUUGUUCUUGCUGGGGCAACGUGGUUGGAGCCCGACCCAAUCCAUCGAUGCUUCACUGAUGGAAACCUGGUGACAGGUGCUGCCUGGCCUGGCCACCCUGAAUUCGUGGCUCAAUUUAUGGCGCUUCUUGGCCUGAGCGUGUCGUUUUAGUUGUGUUCUUUUUCGUUAUUUUCAUUACUGCAGGCGAAAGACUACAUACAAUCAUAGAUGGUGUUUGUACCUUUAUCGCACUCGUUAGCACUCUCGUGUUCUACGUUUUCGACGGAUGUCUUUUGUAUGUAUGCAGACAGUAAAAAAAAUAAAAAGUAGACUUGGUUCCUGACUCGUUACUGAAGAA